AUUUCUUGGCUUCUUCUAACUUUAAUUUAUAACAGUUUUGUCAUUCUCUGAAACGAGUCCGUAACCCCCCACCCCUCCCCAUUAAAAUUAUGGUCUCGACUUUUUUGAUCUUCUUGAAGGGUACAAUUAGAUAACUCAUCUGCGAUGUCAAAGAUGACAAGCCAAUCAUUUCUUAAUGGUCACUUAAUUUUGUACCAUAACCCUGAGUUACAGUUCAUUGAACCUUGUCUUUUUGGGAUUUAUAAAAGUUGCUUUAAUUUUUUGUUUUCUUCUUCAAUGCAUGGUAUAGCUUGAUUUUUUAUUCACUCUGACUUGAAAACAAAUCAAAACCAAAGGAGAAAAAACAGAGAAGUUGAUAGAGAUUUAUAAUAGCUCGUUAAUUAAAAGUUUUUGAGAUGAGUUCCCAAGAGCAGAAGAAGAAAGAAAAAGGAAAGGAAAUUGUCACUUCCGAAGAAAACCCUACCACUUCCGAAGUCUCCAUGUAUUUCAGUGAGCAGGGAAUAGCAGCUCUCCUAGAAGCUAAUAAGAAAGAUAAUGCUGAGAAAGUUGGUACACAACAAAAGAAGAGUUCAUCUUCAAAAAUCAAGCCUUGCAUUUUCUAUACUUCAGAUGAAAAGGCGAGACUGCGGUGGUCAAGCGACCUUCAUGCUUGCUUUGUCAAAGCUGUUGAGAAACUUGGUGGACCGGAUAAGGCAACACCAAAAGCUGUCAAAGAUACAAUGGAAGUUGAAGGAAUUGCACUUCACCAUGUUAAGAGUCAUCUUCAGAAGUUUAGACUUGGAAGAUGUAACAUACGGGAUGAAACAGAUCAAUAUCAUAAACGUUACAGAACUGGUCGACGCUUUUUUAAAGCACAUGCUGCAUCAAAUUCACCUCGCCCACAAGUAAACAUAAGACCUAAAGUUAUGGGAGAUGUGAAGCCAAAGAAGGCAAAAGAAGACCAUGGAUCACUUUACAUGCGUAUAGAGCACGAUCUAAAUUUACAAAGAUGUCGCGAAGCAGAAAGAAUGCAAAUGGCUUUUGAAAUAGAACAUAACCGUAAAAUGUUGGAGGCGCAAUAUUUACAAGCAGGCAAGGCUCCAUCAAUAACCAGUCAACACAGAAACUAUAUUUCGACAACAACUCAACGGCCAUCAUCACAAGUAUUAGAUCAGUGGUUAGCAGACCACUACUCCGGAAGACAGACCAGUGAUUCACAACAACCAACUACUAUGAUUCCACAAACUACCACUUGUCUGCCCAUGUUCCCUCUGGAGACAAAGACUACAUUUUCAAAGUACGAUCCACAACAUGUGAAUACCUCAACUCAAGAAAAGCGACAAUUUAACAACAGUCUCAACUACAACAUGACUCAAGGUUUCAUCAAUCCGUAUGUGACUACUGAGCCCCAAUCCAUGCCUGGCUCAUCCACUGUCACCACUCAGCCAGAACUUCAGCUCAACGAUGAUUGUCUCAUUCACGACUUAUAUCGCAAUCCAAGUUUCCUACCAACCUCAGUACCACAAACAGUUGAUUCUCUUCAUCAGGUUAUAUCCAACAUCACAUCUCCAUUAUCGACGGCACCACAACCAAUACAAACAUAUGCUCCAAACCAUACUUAUAAUUAUCCUGAAUACAAUACUCUUGAAAGGGUUAAAGCCCAGCUCAGUGCAUUACAAUACUCAAGCACAAGCCGCAUUCAAGCAACGCCUUUUUGUGAAACCAACUUAUCGUCUUCUGUCACAAGGGAUGAUGAGGAAGAUCCAGUAGAUAUGUAUAUUGACUGGGGUAAAUAUGAAGAAGUGGAUAUUGAUGAACUUGAUCCAGUUGAAGCACUCUUGGCUUUAGGUUUUUCAGUAAGUCCUUAACCUUAAUAUUUAAAACUCUCAGUACGUUUCUCCCCAAAACGUUAAAAACAAAAAAUAAAACUCUCAGUACUGUUGUAAUUUAUACGUUGAUCAUAAUAAGCCUGUAUUAUAGAGUCAGAGAACUUGAUUUACCUUUA